CAAUGGGCGAACUAGGGACAUCAAUGCACGGAGUUACUGGGAGGGAGCGGACACAUGCAUUCUCGGUGGCAUCCCCCGAGGUGCCAACCGAUACAACGGCCAAGUUCGCGCUCCCGGUGGACUCCGAGCAUAAGGCCAAAGUGUUCAAAAUUUCCUCCCUAGCCAAACCCCACAUGCGAGCUUUCCAUUUAGCUUGGUUCUCCUUCUUUACAUGCGUUGUCUCAACAUUUGCCGCGGCCCCAUUACUCCCAAUCAUUCGGGACAACCUGGACCUCACCCAAAUAGACAUUGGCAGUGCUGGGGUUGCCUCAGUGUCUGGGAGUAUAUUCUCAAGACUAGCCAUGGGCGCGGUGUGUGACCUCGUCGGACCGCGCUACGGGUGCGCCUUUAUUCUCAUGUUAACAGCUCCCGCUGUAUUCGGAAUGUCUAUGGUUCAGUCUGCUAUAGGGUACACUACAGUCAGGUUCUUGAUAGGAUUCUCUUUAGCCACCUUUGUGUCAUGCCAAUAUUGGGUGAGUACCAUGUUUAAUAGUCGGAUCAUCGGUUCGGUUAGUGGUAUUACGUCUGGAUGGGGUGACAUGGGUGGUGGCGCUACCCAACUACUCAUGCCUGUGAUGUUCGAGAUCAUCCAACGAGUGGGCGGCACCACCCCCUUCAUGGCGUGGAGACUUGCGUUCUUCAUUCCUGGAUGUCUUCAGCUCAUCAUGGGUAUACUUAUUCUUACUUUUGGGCAGGACUUGCCGGAUGGCAAUCUUAGUGAGCUCCAAAACAAGGGUGAUGUUUCCAAAGACAAGUUUUCUAAGGUAUGUUGGUAUGCAAUCACCAACUACAGGACAUGGAUCUUUGUCAUGGUGUAUGGCUACUCCAUGGGUGUUCAGUUAACAACCAACAACAUUAUUGCUCAGUACUUCUUUGACAGGUUCAAUCUUAAACUCCACACUGCGGGGUUCAUUGCAACGGGAUUCGGCAUGGCGAACCUAGCCUCAAGGCCAUUUGGCGGGUUUGCCUCAGAUUGGAGUGCUCGUUUAUUUGGUAUGAGGGGGAGGCUAUGGAUCUUAUGGUUCUUUCAGACGCUGGGUGGUGUCUUUUGUGUGUGGCUAGGCCUUGCUAACACCGUUCCAGUCGCGGUUGUAGCCAUGGUUCUUUUCUCAAUUGGAGCCCAAGCCGCUUGUGGUGCGACCUAUGGAAUAGUUCCCUUCAUCUCACGUCGCUCCCUAGGGAUCAUCUCAGGUCUCACAGGUGCAGGUGGGAACUUAGGUUCUAUGAUCACUCAAUUGAUCUUCUUCUCAACCUCGAGGUAUACGACCGAGCAAGGGCUUGUGUAUAUGGGUGUCAUGGCCAUUGCUUGCACUCUCCCUGUUGCAUUGGUGCAAUUUCCUCAAUGGGGAGGCAUGUUCCUUCCACCGUCAAGCGAUCCAAUGAAGUCCAAUGAAGAGCAUUAUUACUCAUCGGAGUGGUCAGAAGCCGAAAUGCACAAGGGUAUGCAUUCGAAUAGUAUCAUGUUUGCUGAGAACAGUAGGUCAGAGAGAGGAAAAAGGAGUGAGAAUAAUUCUUCUCCUACACCACCCAAUACUACCCCUGAUCAUGUUUAG